AUGAAAUUCAAUAACCUCAUGGACAUACUUAAAGAAAAGUACAAUGUUAAAAGAAUGUCAGAUGGUACAUGUGUCAUUUCAAAUGGAAACAACCAUGUUAAGAUUCAUGAGGAGGAGCUCAACAGCAGCUUUGAUAUAAACAAACUUCUUGAAAAGCUCGAUCUUCCUACAGAAGGUUUUGAACAUGUUGGAAGAGAUGACCUGUUUCCAAACACUAAUGGAGUCAACAUGGGGAAAAUAGGCAAAAGACAUCCAAAGGGAUCUUUCAUGGACCCAAGUGCUUUUUCUUCUCCCUCCAGACAAUCUCCAGAGAGUGAGGAUUCAAACCCGCUGGUCAUCAUAGAUCCAAUAACUCCUUCAAGAAACAAAAAGGAUAGCUUUGAGCCAGACCCAGACAAUUACAACCCAGACAGAAAUAGCCGUUUUCCUUAUUAA